UUCAAAACAUUUAAAACACAUUUUCUGUAUUAAAAAUUCAAUAGUCCAUAUUCAUGUUUCAGAUUUUUCUUCAAAAUAUUCAGUCUGUUUAAAAAUACAACGUAAAAUAUUCAGCAGGCAAUAUUCUGUCCAUUUAAUUUCACGUCCACAAAUUCGCGUCCAAAAAUUCAGUGCUUCAAAUUUCAACACUUCACAUCCGGGAACUUUAGGACAAGCAAUAGAGUACCGAGCAUAAUCUUCAUCUGCUGUUAGUAGACCUCACCAGCAGGUGGUGCCAGAGCGUGUUGACGAAGAGCAGAGCAACAAUUAAGAGACGACGAAAGGCCUUUACAAAAUCUCAUUUGCCAAAAUGGACCGAGCGGGAGACAAUGAAGUGCUGAGAUCAGCAAGGCACCUUUUGUCACUCUUGACUCAAGAAAAAGCUGCGUGUUCAACAAGUCAGGGAACAAACAGAUCAUCUAAUGGUAGAGUCCAAACUCAAGGGCCAUCAUCUUCUGUACAAACAGAAAUGACCAGGUCCUUUCCUGGAUUAUUUUCAAGUCGCAGGGAAAACGCCGCUUUACUGGAGCAUGCCCUGUGCCCAUUAAACCAAAACCAUUUCAGGUCAUGUUCCACCUGCUUCCAGCCCAAUGUGAGCGGUCCCCUAGUGGUCCAGAUCAACUGGUCCAUACACAGGCAGGACUAGGACGCAGAACUGCCACUCUAGAUGAAAAUAUGACUCAUGAAGAGGUGGUUGGGGAAGUCGGAAGCUUGCUGUAGUGGCACCUGCAGACUGUGGCUACACAGGCAGGCUUAUAAAAAUGAACAAAAUUGGAAGACCCACCCUGAUCCAAAAAUGGCUGCUGACUUGUACAGAAAGGAAAUUCUCAGAUUGCAUGAGACAGGGAAACCGCUUUUGAUGUGUAUGGACUUAAGAUCAGGUGUUGAAGAACAAGAGAGGCAACUGAUCAACUUUUACAAGCAAAGACACGUAGAGUGGGCAUGUCCGGUUAAAUGUCAACUUCAAGGGGAUGCCGCAGUUGGUGACGGAGUGACUAGGCACUUUUUUUUUUACAGUUCUCGAAAAACUGAAGUAUGGUUUCAGUUUGAACUUGGGAAACACAGGAGUUACUUGCCUCUUCGAGGGGGAGCCUGACCACUUGGUGCCCUCAUCCUCACAAUUCCUCAUUGAAAGCGAUCUCUUCCUAGUUGCAGGGAGAAUGCUAGGCCAUUCCUUUCUGCAUGGUGGCCCAUGUUUUGCAGGGCUCAGCAGAGCUUUUGUUCAUGUUCUGCUUCAAGGUUCUGAAGAUACUGCCACUUUGCAACUGGAGGACUGCCCAGAUGUUGACAUACGAGAGACCAUCGACUUGCUCAGUGGACAUUCUCCAUUAAAUGAGGACCAGUCGAGUAAAGUACUGGAACUGUGUUUGUCUUGGGAUCUUCCUGGUCCAACAGAAGGAAAUAGGAGGUGGCUUUAUGAACGUCUGCUAUCACAUGCGGUUCUUGGUAAAAGAACACGACAAAUUAAACAGAUAAGACGAGGACUAAAAGAGACUUUUGUUUGGAAUCUUCUAAAUGAGAGGAAGGAUGUGGCAUUUUUCCCUAAGGAAUCAGAGGACUCGUGCACUCCAGAGAUGCUGCUUUCCCAUAUCUCCUGGCAUAGGGGUGAUGAUGAAGAUGAUGAUGACGACGACGAAUACUCGCCUGAUAUAAAGGAACGAAUCACUGGGUAUUUAAAGCAGUUCAUUGAGACAGCAUCCAGCAAGGAUCUAAAAAACCUUCUAAAGUUCUGGGUGGGAUGGGAGCGGAUGGAGGCAAAUGUGGCUGUGGAAAUUGUCAAAAGCGAUUUCCCGAAAUCCUCCACCUGCUUUUGUGUUCUCCGACUACCAGGGCACUACAAUGAUUUCCAGACGUUCAAAAAGGACUUGUUGAUGUGCAUUGGCACGUGCAAGUAUGGUUUUGGCCAUGUUUAAUUUUUAGACACAUGCACAUGUUACAUUUGUUGCACACUAAUAUGCACGUAUUUUUCGAGUUAAUAGAUGGCACUUUGGUCAAAUACUUUGUUAAAAUCCAGCUUAAAAUUUUUUUUUUACGUGUUUACUGUACAUGAUGCAUGUAGUAGAGGUCUACACGGAAGACCCGAGACCCGAAGACCCGGGACCCGACCCGGGACCCGUACGGGUUCGGGUCUAUAUUUUAAAAGAUCAGCCGGGUCCGGGUCGGGUCUCAAUCUAUUACUUCGGGUCCGGGUCUGUUUAACAUUGUGGGUAAUACCCGAGGUCGAUCGGACUCGGAGAACACACACUCACAUUUAAAUAAAAUAUUUCUCCAGCAACAAAAACUUAGAUGAACUGUCGCAUAAAUUUUUUCUAUGACGCUAAAGUUGCGUUAAAAAGUUUAUAUUUGGUUGCUCCAACCAGGCAGCUAACGCGCAUGCGCUCUUGUAAUGUUUCUCUGGCUACCAGUCAGGAGCUUCUGCAGUGAGACGCAAUGGCUUUACCUUUGACAAUUGGCUAUUUUAUUUAGAAGGCGGGACCUAUUCCGCCGUACCGCGCAUUUUGCACUGACGUGACUUCUAUAAUUUUUAUAACAAUAUUAUAAAUUGACCGUCUUGCUGUUAUAUCUAAAGUUUUCGCGACUCUGCUCAAAGAGCAAAGAGAUGAUAGCAAAGUAAAGCUAACGAAAGCAGCUAUUACACUGAAGGAGCAAUCGUUAUUAUAAUCCAAAUGGGCAAACAUUAUUAAGCAAGUUGACCCGAUACACAACAAAGUGGACUUUUAAAGCUGGAAUAAGCAUUAAACAUUUCAAUCGUCAAGAGAGGAAUAACAUGGAUGGAACUUUCUUGGAAAUAAGGAUUGUGCAUCACACACAGUCAGGUACAAGGAGGGAGAAGACUAACUUCUAACGUUAUGGGUAAGACAAAAAGUUAAAUUUUCGCUAACGUUACUUGUUUAUUGACUUAUUAAUAACAUUUAGCUAAAGAAUAUUUGCCGGUCGGGUCUGUGUCUUCCCGGACGGGUUCGGGUCCAGCUUUUAAAUAAUAGACGGGUCCGCGUCGGAUCCGGGUCCAGCUUUUAAAUAAUAGACGGGUCCGGGUCGGUUCCGGGUCCAGCUUUCAAAACAACAGACGGGUCCGGGUCGGUUCAGUGUAGCACAUUUACGGGUCUGAUCGGGUUCGGGUAGGAAUUUUUGGACCCGUGUAGACCUCUAGCAUGUAGUCAUAUUUGAUAAUGUGCUAUAAGUAACAACACAUUCUGUGUUUAAGUAAUGGGUUACUUUUUGUAAAUGCAGUUACUUGCAUUAUAAGCUUAAACUGUUAAACAAUGGACUUUUAUUCAUGCAUGAAGUCAUGCAGUGGUUUUAGUAAUGUUGAAUAUCUGUUCCUUGUCAGAAUCUGAGCAAUAUCUUAAAAGUACUUUAAAAACAAAGUAUUUGUAUUUUGCAAGUUAUGCAAAUGUAUUUGAACUUGUUCAGUGGAAGCACAAAUAUUACAUUGAAGCAAUAGUUUAAUAAUAAUUUCAUAAUCUCCCUACUGUGCUCAUCAAUAAAUCAUU